AAAUACAAAAUCUCUCUUUCAAUUUCAAAGCCAAGGACGGUCCUAGAAGAAGACGACGGCCUGAAACCAAAAUAUCUAAACAGGCAGAGGAGGGAAAGGACCCAAACUAAAAUGACCUCAAAAUCUCCGUCUCAGGCUCAGCAGCGAAAGAGCAGCUUCUGUACAAUGCCUGAUGUUUAUGGAGCUAUCCUAGAUUCCACGCAUCUCCAUAAGAACCUCGACCUUGUUUUCUUGGCUCAUCAUCAUACCAAAGACGAUCUGCAACUUCAAAUUCCCGAUAUUCGUCGACCCUUCACCGAAUUUUUUAGGACAAGGGAAGCUGGGGAAUUUCUUAGUGGUGCUUUGGCUGGGGCUAUGACUAAAGCUGUUCUUGCUCCUCUUGAAACCAUCAGGACCAGGAUGGUGGUUGGUGUUGGGUCCAGAAAGAUAUCUGGUAGUUUUCUUGAGGUCAUUGAAAAACAAGGUUGGCAAGGACUUUGGGCUGGAAAUGCAAUCAACAUGAUACGCAUUGUUCCCACACAGGCAAUUGAACUUGGAACAUUUGAGUGUGUGAAACGAGUAAUGACUUCAGCAAAAGAGAAAUGGAGUCGAGAAGAUUGUCCAAAUGUGCAGAUUGGUGGUGUCAAACUAAGUUUUUCUCUGUCAUGGCUAUCACCAGUUGCCCUUGGGGGUGCAGCUGCAGGAUUUGUUAGCACACUUGUGUGCCAUCCUCUUGAAGUCUUGAAGGAUCGGUUGACCAUAAGUCCUGAUGCUUAUCCUAAUUUGAGUGUUGCGGUUCAGAAGAUUUAUAGGAAUGGUGGGGUUGGUUCUUUUUAUGCUGGUCUUUCUCCAACAUUGAUUGGCAUGCUGCCAUACAGCACUUGUUACUAUUUCAUGUAUGACACCAUCAAGAAGUCUUAUUGUACAGCACAGAAAAAGAAAUCUUUAAGCCGUCCAGAGAUGUUACUGAUCGGAGCUCUUUCAGGUCUGACUGCAAGUACAAUCAGUUUUCCUUUGGAGGUGGCGAGGAAACGGCUAAUGGUGGGAGCGCUGCAAGGUAAGUGCCCACCGCAUAUGGCAGCGGCACUUUCAGAAGUAGUGAGGGAAGAGGGUUUAAUUGGACUCUAUAGAGGAUGGGGUGCAAGUUGUUUGAAGGUGAUGCCAUCAUCCGGCAUCACCUGGAUGUUUUAUGAAGCUUGGAAAGAUAUAUUGCUAGGUGACGACAAGCAUAGGCAAUAAGUUUCAACCCCUAAAUGUAUUUAUAAGUUUUUCGUUAUCUUUUUAUUUUUCAUCAAGAAGAUAACGCCUUGAAGUCCUUAUGAAUUUUGUUAGAUAAAGUGGCUUUGAAUUUUGUUAGAUCUGGCCUCCAUUAUUUUGUAUAAAAAGGUGGUGCAUGAUUCACUUC